AGCCACCUGCGGGUGCAAGCCCGAGGUGGGAUGAUCAGGGGAGGGACGAGGCUCCCGGCACUGGGUUGGUGGGGAGGCGAGAGAGGGAGAGAUUGGAGGAGAGAGAGCUAGAGAAGAGGAGGAGGCAGGCAGGGGCGAACCUGAGGCAUUGCCGGUGCAGUCCGUCGGCGAGUCUCACACAUUCACUCACACACACAGACACACGCGCGCACGCUCAGGCGUUCUCCCACCACCCCCGCCCCCAGCCCCAGUCCGGGUCCUAGUUCGCUCCCUCACCCCUCCUCCCCCGCCGGGGAGCAUCGCGGGGAGCCUGGGGCUAGCUGCAUGGAGCUGGCGGAGGGGCGCAGGGAGGCGGCGGCGGCGGCGGCAGCGGUUGGGGUAUGGCUCAGACUGCCCGGCUGAGAGCUCCCGGGAGGCGGCAGUGACGGCGGCGUUAAGACUGAGGAGGGAGACUGAGUGGGGGGGAGUUGCAACACCCCCCAGGCGGCGGCUGCCGACCCCCUCAGCCUGGCCCCGAGGGCUGUAGCCAUGGGGUCAGUUGGGGGAGAGCGCUUCAAGGAGCUCAGUCCAGGAGUGACACCGGAGGGAAACGUGGUGAUGAGCUUCAGUUUUGACAGCUACCAGUUGGAAGAAGAGGAGCUCCAAGCCAAAGGGAAUCAGGCCAAAGGGGUUCUGACUUUUAUGGAGCCAGUGACUGAGGAGCCGGAACCUGAUGACCAGUACCAUGGGAUCUAUUUUGCCAUGCUACUGGCUGGAGUGGGCUUUCUCCUGCCAUACAAUAGUUUCAUCACAGAUGUUGAUUAUCUGCAUCAUAAAUACCCAGGGACUUCAAUUGUGUUUGACAUGAGCCUCACCUACAUCCUCGUGGCCUUGGUGGCUGUCCUCCUGAACAAUGCCCUGGUAGAGAUGCUGAGCCUACAUACCAGAAUCACUGUGGGUUACUUCUUUGCAGUGGGCCCCCUCCUGUUUGUCAGCAUCUGUGAUGUCUGGCUGCAGCUCUUCUCCCAGAGACAAGCAUAUGCCAUCAACUUGGCUGCUGUGGGUACAGUGGCUUUUGGUUGUACAGUGCAGCAAUCCAGUUUCUACGGUUACACAGGGAUGUUGCCCAAGAGGUACACCCAGGGGGUGAUGACUGGGGAGAGCACUGCUGGGGUGAUCAUCUCACUCAGUCGCAUCUUCACCAAGCUGCUGCUGUCAGACGAGAAGGAGAACACGAUCAUUUUCUUCUUCAUCUCUAUCGGCAUGGAGCUCAUGUGCCUGCUUUUGCACGUGCUGGUGAAGCGCACCCGCUUUGUCCGUUACUACACUGCCCGAUCCCAGGAGGGCGCACCAGAGCUCAAGGGCAGCGUGAGUGCCGGCUCAGGCUACCGCGUGCACCAUGACGUCAUUGCCGAGGAAGUGCGAUUUGAGGAUCGGCAUCAUGGCCCAGGAGGUUCCCCUCAAGGCAGUGUGGGCCAUGAGACUGAACUGGCUGGUAGUGGAACCUACAUGAGAUUUGAUGUCCCUCAGCCCAAAUUUAAGAGGAGCUGGCCCGACUUCCGAGCCAUGAUGCUGCAACGUUAUGUGGUGUCCCGGGUGAUCUGGGCCUACAUGCUUUCCAUCGCCAUGUCCUACUUCAUCACGCUGUGCCUCUUUCCUGGGCUGGAAUCAGAGAUCCGCAACUGCACUCUGGGCGAGUGGCUCCCGAUCCUCGUAAUGGCCAUAUUCAACCUCUCUGACUUCGUGGGCAAGAUCCUGGCAGCCCUGCCCUAUGACUGGCGAGGGACCCACCUCCUCAUCUACUCCUGCCUACGGGUGGUCUUCAUCCCUCUCUUCAUCUUGUGUGUGUACCCUAGUGGGAAGCCCACCUUCAGUCACCCCGCCUGGCCCUGCAUCUUCUCCCUUCUCAUGGGCAUCAGCAAUGGCUACUUCGGCAGCGUGCCCAUGAUCCUGGCUGCGGGCAAAGUGAGCCCUGAGCAUCGAGAGCUUGCAGGUAACACCAUGACGGUUUCCUACAUGACAGGACUGACCUUGGGAUCGGCAGUGGCGUACUUCGCGUAUAGCCUCACCAGUACUUCCCACAGCACCUGCUUUUACACCGAGACCUUCAACACCACCUUCACAUCAGGGUACUGAGCAGCCUUAGGGCCCCGGCAGGAAGCUCAGUUGGCCGGUGUGUGCAUGGGGGGUGUGAUGGGGCUGUGGGUGCAGGCUGGGGCACCUGUAUCCCGUGGGGACCCUUUAUUCUUCUGCUUGUGCGUAAGUUAAAGCACCCUCCCUUUCCCCUGCACCCCAUAGCCCAAUCCCCUAGAAAAACAAAAACAAAAAAAAAUCCCCAAAUUUCAGAAAGCCUCAUCCCCCCCUCUUCUGUCUGACAGUAAUAGGAAGUCUGGGAGUCCGGGAGUGUGUGAGAGGAAGUCUCAGGGCAGGACCUUAAAGGAGGCUGAGUCCCCAGCCCUGUCCUGGGAGGAUGUGAGUGAGUGUGUGUGCCCCCUGAAGAUUCCAUUCUCCCCCCCUUCUGCUUCCUCCUGCCUCCUGCCUCACUGACUCUUGGAGUACAACCUGUGGGGCAGAGAUUGGGGCUAGUGUGGAGGUAGCAGGCCAGGGGGGAGUCCAGCUGAGUCAAGGCAACCCAAAGCCUUACUAUAAUCAAGCCAUGCACCCCAGUCCUACAUCAGGUCCAGCCUGGAGCCCCUCAGUGUUGUGGACGGGGCAGGGAGCAGCAGAGGAGAUGCUCCUGGGGGGAAAGGUCAGUGAACCCUCUGAACCCUUCAAGCAGCCAGAUUCUCCUCGAUUGUAAAUGGGGUGAUUCCUAGGCUCCCAGGACUUCUGGGAGAACCUUUCUCAGGCAGGGGCAGGCCAAGUCCAGGACCAGGGCAGAAUCCUGAACAGGAUUUGGUGAAUCCUGCCCCCCCAAGCAACACCCUCAGCUCUCUUCCCUCCCAGUAUUAGUCUUCCUUAAACCAAGAAGAUUCAGCUGAGGGAUGCUCUGACUAAUUAGUCAAACCCAGGGAUUACUUCCUCCUGGCAGGAGGAAGAGGGAACCCUGGUCAUUUUUGUCUGUCUAACUUCUCUGACUAUCUAUUCUCAAACACUGUGUAACUUGCUGUUCUAUGUGUGGGCUGUUCAGAGAUGGAAGAGCCCAGAACAGAUGUCUGGAGUUAUUGCUGCCCUGAAGUUGGGGGGGGAGGGGGGAGGAGCAUGGCAAACGUGAGACCCAACACUGGCACUCUGGGAGUGUAGUCCUAAGAGAUACAGGGUGACCCAGAAGCAGGAUGGGGGUGGGAGUGUCCUCCCACCAUUCUGACCAGGACGGACAAUGGGUCCUGUGCUCCCCAAGGCCAUAUAGGAAAAAAGCCAACCUCCCUUGUCCAGUUGGCAGACCAUAGUCCAGCCAGUCCCUUCUCUUUGCUUUAGCCAACACUCUGGCACCACCAUCAUUCUUCUCCUUGUAGGUGCUGGGAUAGAUAAUUUUUACCUCUCCAGAAGGAAAAACAUCCUUCCAGGGAACAUGAGAUGGAGUGAAUGAAUUCUGUGAGAUCAGUGUGGUCCAAUGGAAAGAAUCACUCAAAGGAUUUAGAAGAGAUCUCAAGAAGUCCCCAAGUCCAGUUCCCUCAUUCUAGAUAAGAAAGCUCAGUCCAGGCAGAGCUACAUGGCUGGCAAGCAGCAGAACUUGGGAUUUGGACCCCAGCUCUCCAGAUCACAUCUUUCUAGUGUUCUACGUGGGCUAGGAGUCAGAAGAGAGGGUCCUGAUCCCAGCUCAGUCACUGACAUGCUGCAUGAAGUGGGACAAGUCACUCCCCCGUCUCUAUAUCCCAGGCUUCUGUCUCCUCCUGUAUACAAGGAGAACAUUUGCAGUCGAUGAUUUCUGGGGUGCUCUGUAGUCUUUGACAUUUUAGGGUUCUACUGAGAAGAGAAGGGAAGGUUCUUAGGGAAAGAAGUAAAUUACACUAGCAGGUUUUGAUGGGGGUGUGAGGGAAAUAUUUGGGUCUGCUCCGAGGGGGUGCAUACAGACACCCCAACACUGCAAAGUAGCAGCCAAAGGAAAUCACCUAGUUUGGAGGCAUGCCAACAGAAGAGACAUAUCUAUUUCAGCCUGGAUGCAGUCUUUAUUUCU